CUCUGGGACAGGCGCGCGGCGGCGCGCGGGGGGCGUGGCCUGGGGCUCCCGGGCCGGGGGAGGGAGGAGGGCGCCUUCUGUCCUUGGGCUAAGGACUUGACUCCGGCCGAAGAAGAGGACGCAGGAUGAGGGCCCUGCGGGUCUCCCAGGCAUUGAUUCGUUCCUUCAGCUCAACCGCCCGGAACCGCUUUGAGAACCGUGUGGCUGAGAAACAAAAACUAUUCCAGGCGGACAAUGACCUCCCAGUGCACUUGAAAGGCGGGGGAACCGACAACAUCCUGUACCGACUGACUAUGACGCUGUGUCUCGGGGGCACUGUCUACAGUCUGUACUGCCUUGGCUGGGCCUCCUUCCCCCACAAGAAGUGAGACCAAGUCUGCAGGACCUGAACAAGCAUCAAUAAAUAUGGCUUUGUGGGUAACCCA